AUUCAUCCACGCUCAUACCUCUUGUUCAAACCAUAUCCGCCGUGCCUGGGUAAGUAGUAAAGAUACUCUACCCAUGAUGCAGUACGCCUUUGAUAACCGAUCUUCUGGCCUCUGUCGGUUUUUUUUUUCUCUUUUUUUUUUGGUCUGGCUAUCGGGCAGCCAUAAAUAUUUAUUGAUGUUCUAUUCUUCGGAACACCUUCGUUCUAAUGAGAUGAUCAAAAGACAUGAUAUCUCGAAAAGCCGUGUGUCAGUCAUGCAAUCCGUAGGAGCUAAAAGCCGACAUCGCGAUAGGAUGGAGCGCGAAGCUCAUUAGGCCAUAAACAUAUGCCACUCGUACCUAUCCAUCCGUGGUAUGUCAUUUGACAGCAGAGUCUCGUCGGAAUCAGUAGAGCUGGCGUAAUUCCGCUCGUCGUCGGAAAGAUAGCCCGACUGUCGAUAUCUCGAGCCCCGUAUUAACGAAGUGCGGUCGUUCGGGUCAGGGUCAG